GGACCCCAGGGGGGCAUGACAGGCGGCCUGGGCUUGCUCUGAGGCUAUUUGAGGAAAUGCAUUACUGAGCAUCUACUGUGUGCAGAGUCUGCAGGGUGAAUCCCCACAUAAACUACGGACUUUGGGUGACUAUGAUGUGUCCAGGCAGCCUCAUUCAUUGUAGUAAAUACCCUCUCUGGGGUUCAUUAUUCCAGUAAAGUGGAAUAUUUCAAGAAUGGGGAAGAUGUGUUAUAGAAAAAUUAUUGUAAACAAUGAAACCCACUAAACUUGAAGUUUACAGCUAAUGAAACAGGUGUGAUUGUUGAGCUUGACAACUGUUGUAAAAGGAUGCUUGAAAGAGAAAAAAAAUGAAAAAUUAGGUAACAAUCUGGAACUAAAGAUUCUCAUUGUAACAACUAAGCCUGGAAGUAGGAAGGGAAAGGAGAGAGAGAGAAAAGUAUGUCAAGGUUUUUCAAAACUGGAAGAACAGUUCUUUUUCCACUCUUGAUGCUAAUAAUCCAGGGACACAGUUUUAAUGUUUGUCACAUUCUAAUAUAUGAUACAGGUUUUAAGAUGUUGGUCAAAAAAUCGAAGAUAAACUUUAGAACAGCAGGUGUGUAUUAGAAAGUAUACAUACUACAUAGAUAGACAUUGCUUUCUACUCUACAAAGAAUAUAUAUUCCAAGGAAUACUUAUGUUCAAGGCCCUAAAGAAAGCCUCGUUGUAGUCCCCAGGACUUGGUCACAAGAUCCUGGGAACAACUGAGCUGUAGGUGGCGUAACAGAGAAAUCAGUGCUCUUCUGCCCCUGCUGCCCGCCACGUCGUCCCCCAGAAGGCAGUCUGGGUGCUGGGAGCGUGAUAGAGCUGCUCUAGUGCUCUGGUGGUCUGAGGCUGAACGCUGCACUCCGGAGCUGUGUGACUUUCUGAGGCUCGCAUCCUCUCUGACGUUCAUUCACCCUGAAAUUCCAGGGUGUCACACCCACUGUAGCCCUUCAGGGACAUGGUUGUGCAAAGGUCGCCAGAAUCACCCCCUAUAACCUCUCCACCUCUGUAGGGUCAGGAAGGCACUGAGCAGGUUCUCUAUAAUGCCACAGAUGGGUGGGUAAAGGAGAGUCCUGGAGCCCUCAGUGGCUUUCUCAGACGUUUAUUGAGCUUUACAUGUAGUGUGGCAAACAGGUACAUGGCAGGCAGGGGUGUCGGGAAGCCAGGAGGCUGGGAGGCCCCCAAGCCCCCAGCAAGUCUUCUCUGGCUUAUUCCGCCCCUUCUCUCUCCGGCCUCUCUCCUGCUUCUGCUGCUCUUGGUGCCUGUCUCCAUACCCCCUCCAUGGCCCACAGAAGUAAACAAGUGAGCUUACAACAAUGUAACCACUGCAGGUGCCCCAGCAGGCAGGGCAAUCCUAAUGGUGGGAGGGCAGAAAAGCCUGAAAACCAUUUACCCUACAACCUCCUAAUGAGGAAAUGAAGCCCAGAUACAUUAUUCAAGGCAUCUGUCCAAGGUCACACCUGAACAGAUGUUUGCCACUGCUGCUCUGGCAAGUGUUUUGGGCAGGACCAAAAGGAUUGUUGCCGGGAAGGAUUUUUUUUUUUUUUAAUUUAUGCAUACAAGAACUGGAGAAGGAUUGUUUUUAACCUGCUACCGGCUCUGCCUGUGGGUUUAUUGUGUCUUCCUCAGGCCUGUUUUGUAAACCCAGCUGGCUUAAGGUCACACAGGCACUUGCAGGCAGCCAGGGCAGCGCAGGGCACCCCACUCCCCGGGCUCCCCGGGAUGGCCCAGGGGAAGAGUGUGGGAAACCUGACCUUCCUCCUGCACACCAGGGCCUGACUGGACCAGAGGAAGUGCUUUUCUGGAAACCCUGCUCCCUCUGGAUCUGCAGCUUUCCUGCCUUCUGCAUUUGUGCUUUUACUCUCUGCAAGGAUUUCUGUUUCCUCCCAUCAUAAAUUAUUUACAUGCUCUUGAUGAAAGCCCAGAACAUCAGGAAACUGGAAAGAGGGCACCUUGUAAUCAUGCAAAGGCUGCGUUCGUCAGCUUUCUGUGUCUGCCCCUCCGCAUCUUCAUGUGGGGUGGGACGACAGGUUUGGGCUUUUAAGCAGGUUUACGACCUUAGCUCUGUCUUCCCCAUGGGAUGGGGACAGCAGUGAGAUGAAAAUAAAAGCACAUUGGGCCAAGGGCCUGGAUUCCCGGACCUGGGUCCAAGGCUGAGCUCCGCCUCUGACUGGCUGUGUGUGCUGGGAGAAUACACACCUUUUCCGGGCUUCUGUGUCCACCUCUGAAACAUGAGGGGUCUGAUGAGUGUCCAAGAACCCUUCCCACCCUAGUAUUCUAGAAUCCUGGAGGCUUAACCCUGGGCAGAGUUUCAGGGGUGGAAGGAUUCUUCUGGUACAAGAAUCCUAUGCUUCAGUUAAGACAGCCCCUCAAAUAAUGUCCCCACGGGGGCCAGACCCAUAGACCCCCAGAUGCCAGUCACCUCAGGUCUGGCCCGGACCCCUAAAAUCCCACUCCAGGAUGAAACAGGCAAGGACUUCCCUCUCAUUGCAAGCUGGCAUUGUCUGCUGUGGUUUUAGAUGUGUUCAGACCUUUCUGGGCCUCAGUUUCCCCCUCUGCAAAAGAGAGGGUGAAGGGAUAUGGGACAUUUUCUUUUUUAUCAAUAUAAAUCUUUUCUCCAAUAAGAUUGUUUGCAGAAAACUGAGACAGACAGAGAGGAUGGAAUCUUUGACAUUUAUGGAGUCUUUAAAGUAUGUGGAGGAUUGUUCUAGAAGCUUUCCAUUCAAUAACCUCCUAAACCUCACAGCAACCCCAAAAAGUAGGUCCCAUUUGACAGGUGGAGAAAAUGAGUCCCUGAAGGUUUCAGCAGCCUAUGGAAGUUAUACAGGCAUAGGCAUCUGAGUUGAGAUUCUGAUCUCGGUGUGGAUCACGGAUCCUUAUUCCAAUUCCUUGGGGACACAUCCAAGCAGGCAGCUGGUGUUCUUCCACACCCAUGCACACAUGCACACACACAGAGGUGCAUGUACUUGUGCACACAGCACUGCAGCAGUCCCCCACCCAAAUCCAAUCAAACUCUAAGCCAAAGGUAACCAGCGAUAGGUGUCUGUCCAGGCGGCCCCCAUUGCCAAGGCCUCCCCGGGGUCCAGGCCCAGGGAUAUGGCUUUCUCAGUCCUGUGCUGAUGCCCCAGCAGCACCACAGCUGAGCACCAGGGCCUUCAGGCAGAGGGUGGCCCAAGCGAAGCCAGAGUUAGUGACAUGGGACGGGGAGCUGUGGGGAUCAGGAGCACGUCACGUGGCUGAGGCGCUGUGAGAAUUAUGACCGAAAUAGGAAUGGAGUAAAGGGACGGCUUCCCAAACAACAGUAAAUGGGCACAAUGCAUUUUAGAAGGCGUCGCCAUGACAACCACAGAACAAUAUGGAUAUUUCCUGUAAAGCAACAGGGGAUGAAAGGUUGUCUGCAAUAGGACAUAGGAAGAUUUUAAGAUCUCUGAACGCUCCUCACGGUGCGGGAGUUUGUUUGGGGGGCAGGGGAAGUGUGGUGUUAGGAUGUCAAUGACAUUCUCAUUCACAGUAACAACAAAACCCAAGAAGCAAGACACCCUACCAGAGUAACCUAACCGUGACAAGCAGGAAAGAGUUAAGACUAAAAACUGCGGGGUGUCUGGGACCAGCCCAGUCUGGACAGUCCUGAUCUACUGCAGAGAGCACUGCGGAGAGGAGCUCUGCUUGCAAGCCAGGCGGGGCACCCCUCACGUCCAAAUGUUCUCCUGGAACCCCAUGUUCCUGUCUGUUAUUGACGAGCCCACACCCACCAUGGCCUCCGUCAGCAGCGACAUGCUCAACGCCACCUCCUCAGCCCUCACGCCUGCUCUCAACGUGAGCUCCUCAUGUCUCCCCUUGGAGUGGGGCGUCUGGCUUAAUACCAUGCAGGCCCCCUUCCUCUGGGUCCUCUUUAUCCUGGCAGCGCUCGAGAACAUCUUCGUCCUCAGCGUCUUCUGCCUGCACAAAAGCAGCUGCACCGUGGCAGAGAUCUACCUGGGCAACCUGGCGGUGGCGGACCUGAUGCUGGCCUGCGGGCUGCCCUUCUGGGCCAUCACCAUCGCCAACAACUUUGACUGGCUCUUCGGGGAGGUCAUGUGCCGCGUGGUGAACACAGUGGUGUACAUGAACCUCUACAGCAGCAUCUGCUUCCUGAUCCUGGUGAGCAUUGACCGCUACCUGGCCCUGGUGAAGACCAUGUCCAUGGGCCGGAUGCGCGGGGUCCGCUGUGCCAAGCUCUACAGCCUGGUGAUCUGGGGGUGCACGCUGCUCCUGAGCUCACCCAUGCUGGUCUUCAGGACCAUGAAGGAGUACAGAGAAGAGGGCUACAAUGUCACUGCCUGCAUGAUCAUCUACCCAUCCAGAACGUGGGAGGUGUUCACCAACAUGCUCCUGAACUUCGUGGGCUUCCUGCUGCCCCUGGUCAUCAUCACCUUCUGCACGGUGCAGAUCAUGCAGGUGCUGCGCAACAACGAGAUGCAGAAGUUCAAGGAGAUCCAGACGGAGAGGAAGGCCACGGUGCUGGUCCUGGCCGUGCUGCUGCUCUUCAUCAUCUGCUGGCUGCCCUUCCAGAUCAGCACCUUCCUGGACACGCUGCUGCGCCUGCGCGUCCUCUCGGGCUGCUGGGACGAGAAGAUCAUUGACGUGUUCACGCAAAUAUCAACCUAUGUGGCCUACAGCAACAGCUGCCUCAACCCACUGGUGUACGUGAUCGUGGGCAAGCGCUUCCGUAAGAAGUCGCGGGAGGUGUUCUGCAGACUGUGCCGGAGUGGGGGCUGUGAGUCCAGACCCAGCCAGCUGGAGAGCUCCAUGGGCACGCUGCGGACCUCCAUCUCGGUGGACCGCCAGAUGCAGAAGUUGCCGGAGUGGGUGGGGAGCAGCCAGUGAGCAGAGGCAGCACGGCUGCUAUCCAUGCAUAUGAGGGUCCGUGGACAGUCUUCAGGUGCCCGAGGGGCAGCUUGGAAGGCGCCCCACCAGUGACUCUGGACGAUGAGCCUGCGUCUCUGGUAAAACACAGGAGCAUCUGCCCGGCCCAAGUGGCAGUGAGCAUAGCUGUGAGGAUGGGGCCCCCCAGGCCCAGCCCAAGUCUCCCCACUACAUUAUCACUGCUUCACUAUUCCCGUUAGCUGCCACCCCUGGGCCAGGCUGCUCCCGCCAGGCAUGGAGGGGCCCCAGGAACAGGGACAGAGGUGACUGAGCUGCCCUCCCUGCAUCCCCCCCUUCACAGCACACAGCCCUGGUGGAGAACAGUCGCCCUGGUUUGGAGCCGUAGCUGAGGGCGAAGGCAGCGUUGGCUGCGUUUUGCCUGCAGUUUCUUUAAUGCACUUGACUAGGCCUCUGGAGGAGGAUUUUUUACCUAUGAGGGUUGAACUCUGAGGGAUCCCUGGUAAGAACUCAAAGACCAGGAUUCCGUGUCUCCCUUCGCCAACGCACAAGGAGAUCUGUGCCAAAGAGAAACCCAAUAAGCACGAACUCAGCACCUGCUGCUGAUGCAGCAUUCAGCUCCGUGGACCAGAGGAAGGGGCAAGUGCGGUCUCUGUCUUAAAGGAACUUGCAAAUCCGUGAGGAUGACGGAGACCUGGCUUCCACCUGCGGGCCCUGGCAUUGGGCAGACCAGUGAGGAGGAGCCCAGUUCCCGGCUCAGCCAACAACUAGUUGUCACGGCCUCAGUUUCCUCCUCUGUAACAGGAGGGUUUUGUGAGGAUUAACAGAGAUAACAGGCCUGGAAGUACUUUGAAAAGUGAAAGGUGCUAUUUAAAUGUGAGCUGGUUUUAUGCACCCAGAACACAGAUCAGUUUAUUACACGGGAAAAGGAGGGAGGGCUAACAAGAGCCCUACAAGGAGAAGGUGUAAAGCCCCUCCCUGUGUGGCUCGUAGUAGGUGCUCAAUAAAGUUAGCUCCCUUCCACCCUCCCUCCCCAUAACCCUGGCAUUUAGCGGGCAGGCCCUCGCUUCAGUGUUUGAUUUGUGAUGAGGCAGAGUCUUCUGCUCCCACGUGCACAGGGAAUCCCAAUGCCCAGGCGGCAGGCAGGAGUAGUCCAUGUCUGCUCACCACAUCCCUGUCUCAGCUCCCGGGCCGCACUCCCCUAUGUAGCCAGGGGGUAAAGAGAGGUGGCAUUAAGCACCCCAUCCCUGUCCCCUGCAGCUGCCAGGCUGUGAGGUCAGGUUCCCAGCUGAGCUGCCUGAGCUGGGAACAUACAACCAUGAGAAAACCCUGAGGACAACACCCCACAUGAUGGGCAGGUGGGGUGCUGAACAGAGACGGGAGAAUUACCCCAAGAGGCCUCUCAGUUCUUCAUUUGUCCAUAGAACCAACUCCAAAGGGGCCGGGAUACUGCUGCCCUUGGAAGGGGUGGAGGGCGAGGCAGACUGCCGUCCCACGAGCGGGCAGGAGGAAGCUUGGACCAGCGUCCUCAGCCAGAGACUGGAGACAGCCCGGGCCCCAGCCCUGACUCCUGCCAGAAGAAUUUGUUUCUUCCUUUUCUACACAAUUUAAUUAUCCGGUCCUGUGACUAGCACCGCGCCAAGCCCCACGGGAGAUGGGGGAACACAGCGCCAGGCCCCAGCGUCAAGAAUUACACUCCAGGCAGGCACCUGGGGCCACACCCAAGGCGUCCAGGGGCUGCAGGGACAGUGGAGUGGGCAGCGCGCAGGCAGCUCUGGCUCACCCGAUGAAGGAGCAUCUAUUCGCCAGCUACCUCUAGAGAGGAGAGGACCAGGAGGGGCGGGGUUCGUGAGCCCAUAAAUCCUGGCCGGUCCAGCUCCAGAUUUUAAAACAAAAGGAGUCAAAAAGAUUCCCUCCCCACCCAACCCUCUUCACCCCCAACACCCACCCGCCUCCCAGUUAACACGUGUGGCUGGAGAAGGAAACCCGUGCAAUGAGCAGUAUGAAGUCGUGCACCCUUUGUGAAGGAGGAAGGAGGCCUGGAGAGCUCGGAGCUCCUGAGCGGCAGAGCCUGGGCUCCUGAUGGUCAUCCAGGGCUCUUGUGGUCUGAGGACAGUCGGUCGGUCAGCGGGAGGCAAGCCGCCCUGUGGCUUGUGUGAUGCGCCGCGAACAUCUGUCCUGGGAGAGGCCGGAAGCGCUGACUGUGUAAAGGGGAAGUGUGUCUGCACGAGUGGCGUAAACGUGUGUUUUUCUGUGCAGCAUAAUAAAUGUAUGAAGAGUGUUUGCAUAAUUUUUUCAUUUGUUACAACUCCCCCAAACCCUGAGUUUUGUCAGGGACACUGCCUCGGUCACUUGGAAACCUGGGGGGUGAGGGGUAAAGGCGGGAGGAAGCUUCCAUUGGUUUCCACGCAAGCUGCUUUAGGGCUUCUGUGCUGUAGAGCAGUGGUGCGCAGGCUGAUGUGACUUGCAUUCUUUCAUGUACAAUGGAGUAUACUUAUUAUAUUCUACUCAACGCAUAUACUUACUGACAUGUACUAAAAUGCACAUUCUAAAAUAUACUCAAGUAGAAAUUGAGAAUAUUAAUAGGAUUUGACCAUCCCUCUCCCUGCCCCACAGUGUCCUACCUUGGUAACUCAUCACCCAGCUCCCCCCCAGGGCCCAUGAGGCCCCAUGAGACCCUAGAAUCAUAGGAUGGCAUGGUUUGAUCAUUCAUGAAUGCACAUAUGUUCACCCCGCCUCCUCUUCAAACCAGGCGUUUCCACUACACUAUCCAGAUCAAGCAGCCGCCCGGCCACUGCUUCCCUGCUCCUAGCGAGGAGGGACUCGGUGACCCUGGCUUUCCCUCAUUCCUACUCCAUGAAAUGUCACUUGCGUUCUGAGCCUCCGUCCAUGGCACCCUGACCCACGCCAGAAACCUGGGGCUCCUCUUUACAGGAAGCCCCCUCCAUCCCAUGCACUUGUGGGUCAGCGCGUCUCAGACCCCACCUGCCGCGUGCUUCCUGGCCCUCUCUGCUUCUUUCCAGGCCCACCUCGUCUCUUAUCAACUUUCCCAUGUCUGACGCCAAUCUUAUCCUCCCAAUCUUAUUCUCCACACUGCAGCCACGGACGUCUUUUAAGACUCUGAAAGCAUCACAAGGAGGCUGUGAAGGUGAACAGAGGCGUGUAGGGUUCAAGGUUUUGGUGUCAGGCAGACCCGGAUUCCAGUUCUGGCCUGGCUUGAGCUCUUACUUGCUGUGUGGUCUGAGUCUAUAUUUCCUCAUCUGUAAACUGUGGUGAUAGUGUUACCUACCCCAGGGGAUGGUUCACAGGAUUAAUGUGUGAAAGUGUUCAGCACAGCCUGGUGCAGAGCUGGCAACAUGCAUGUGUGUUUCCGUGGUGGCGAUGAUGGUGGGAAGAGAGGGGAUGUGCUGGUGGUGACGGGGAUGGGAGGCUAAUGUGGGCAGGGGGAUGGUGACGGUCAUGAGGAUGGUGGUGAUGAGCAUGGUGGUGAUGAUGAUGGUGAUGAGGAUGGUGGUGAUGAGGAUGGUGGUGAUGAGGAUGGUGAUGGGAUGGUGAUGUGGAGGAGGAUGAAGAUCGUGAUGAUGAGGCUGAUAAAGAUGGCAGCACAGGAGAGGCUGGCACGGCCCAGCAGGGAGUCCUUCAGUGGACCCGCCACCCUCAGCACAAAGCUCCGCAAAUGUAACACGGCUCCCCAGACCUGCCCUGAUCUGGCCUUGUCUCUCCCCCUCCAGCCGUAUGGGACCCCAGGACCUGCAGACCCAGCAAGUAUCCUGGGCUCCCUCCAGAGCCCACACUGCCUGCCCACCCCCAGCCUACAGCCCCCACCAACAGUUCUGAGCUUGCAGAAAGUUUCCCGCCAGCGCCCAAGGGCACUCACUCACCGAGGACCUGG